CCCGGGCCUGUCUGAGCGCUGAGGCCGCACCCUCCCGGGGGCAAGGCGGAAGUGGCGGGACGCGGUGGGGCGGAGGCGGGCCAGCGAGGGUGGACAUGAGUGGUCUCGGCAGACUCUUCGGGAGGGGGAAGAAGGAGAAGGGGCCAACCCCUGAGGAGGCAAUACAGAAACUGAAGGAGACAGAGAAGAUAUUGAUCAAGAAACAGGAGUUUCUGGAGCAGAAGAUUCAACAGGAGUUACAAAUGGCCAAGAAGCAUGGGAUCAAAAAUAAGAGAGCCGCCCUACAGGCUUUGCGGAGGAAGAAAAGAUUGGAACAGCAGCUGGCACAAACCGAUGGGACAUUAUCCACCCUGGAGUUUCAGCGUGAGGCCAUUGAGAAUGCCACCACCAAUGCAGAAGUGCUUCGUACCAUGGAGCUUGCUGCCCAAGGCAUGAAGAAGGCCUACCAGGACAUGGACAUUGACAAGGUGGAUGAACUGAUGGCUGACAUUACAGAACAACAGGAGGUGGCCCAGCAGAUUUCAGAUGCCAUUUCUCGGCCUGUGGGCUUUGGAGAUGUUGUAGAUGAGGAUGAGCUAUUGGAAGAGCUAGAGGAGCUGGAGCAGGAGGAAUUGGCCCGGGACUUGUUAACCGUGGGUGACAAAGAGGAAGAACCCCCCGUUGAAUUGCCCAGUGUACCCUCUACACAUCUGCCUGUUGGACCAGCUCCCGAAGCAGACGAAGAUGAAGCAGCACUUAAGCAGCUGGCUGAGUGGGUAUCCUGAUAAGUCUGGGUUGCUUUUCCCGGCACUGCCUUCAUUGGUCUCUUUUCCUUAAGUGCCAAGUGCUAAGCUAAAGGAACCUAGCCUGUUGGGGAGGUCCUGCUGAGCGGUGAUAGUGUGGCCCUGCCUGGAAAGGGGUUGUUGCCCUCCCCUUCUUGGCCCAACUCUGAAAAAGGAUGUUGGGGUGAGAGGAGCCCCCAGGCCCCCUUCUCUUUGAUAGCAGUCACGGUGCCCUCGUUCCCAAUAAAAUCGGGCAGAUGGAA